AUGAGGACUCCGCUGGAUGGCCGUAAGGAAUCUUUGGUGCUAUCCGACAAAGCAAUUAUCGCCACAGACUGCAGUAAAUAUCAUCGAGAUAGAGCUGAUCCCACUUCAAUCCGAGGAAGCGUGUUGAAAACUAGUCCUUCUUGGAAAGCCCUGGAAAUAGUGGAUGCUACCAACAACUCUGCUAUCGAUAGCAGCAAAGAUAUUCUCAAGAGCAAUGAAGGUGAAAAGGUUGGCAGACACUCGUGGACCGAUCAUAAGCCAUAUUCUGUUGCGUCGAUAACUACAGUGACGAAUGCUUCCAAUGCGUCCCCUCACAGCAAACGAUCCGGACGACCAUCUCCCGAGAACUGGCGAGGAUCUGGUGGAACUAUGACCUCCAUGUCGAGUCCGAGCAAAUCUGUGGCCGAUGAGAAAACCAUCAUUAGAGCCGCGGAAAGAAACGCUAGCUUGGGUGCAUCCGGAUCAAGUUUCACACCCAAUACUUACAAAGAUCGGAAACAUCGGUGUCCUACCAAGACGACAACGAAUUUCGCAACUCGAGCAUCACCCGGAAAACAGUUCACCAAAAGCUGUGAUCCUUGGGCAGACAAUUCCACUCCUUGGUUUGGACAGACGAAUAGCGCUGCCAAGACCAACACUCAGAAGCAAACAGCUUCGGACAUUGGAUGGUGUGACAUUGCACCGAACGUACGUCAUACUGAACACCCAUUUAUUGGUGACGGUGAUACCUGGAAUAUUAAUUCGAACAAUGAAGUUUGGUCACAUGUUCUGUUAAAACCGAAUAGUGGCAAUUCGUUUCCCACAUCGAUGGCCGCGACCAUGCCGGAAACAGUGACGGCCGUCGCAACAACUAGCUUUGGGCUCGGAUCACCUGAGCAACCCAUUUUCAUUUUUCAGGAGGGGGACAACGAAGAAUCUUUUUCUUCGCAAAACGAAACUUUCAUGGCUAACGCCCCUGGUAGCGACGAUAUAUUGGAAUGUCGCGAACAGGAUCUGUUGCACCGGGCCCGAUGUAAACUAGAAGAAUUGCAGGAACAGUCACGCGAUCGGGACAUUCUGACCCGACGCACAAGCCUGGAAAGUAACACAGCCGCAGAGAUGAGGCCCUCAACGACAAAAAAGGUUUUGCGUUUACUUGGCGCGGCUAAUAAUGGACAAGCACCAAACAUAAUAGCGGACGCGCCGGGCACACGAAGGACUUCAAUUCACAAACGCACUUCUAUAGUCACAUCCAUCUCCUCGGGCCAAUUGGAUGUCACUCCAAUUCGAGGCAAAUCUACACGGAAAGAAAAUGGGGGGAACCGAGACGAUAUUUCAAUAGACGAUUCAUGCAAUGACUUUCCUUCUCCACGUCACGCUUUCGUAUUUGAUGGCGUGUCCCCAAAUGGGACUGCCGACAUCAGCAAUACCAAUAUAUCCAUGGUGUUCAGCGACGAGUUUAGUGAUCCUUUCACUCCGAUAACAAACACGAAUACUGAGGAGUUUGGUUGUAUUGAACAAGAUCCAAAGCUGAAUCAUGAGCACGGAGGGAAAUUUACCGGAAGGGACAACUUACGAGGCAAGGCCGUAGUUGUUAUGCCGAAAGAAAGUACACAGGUUGAAAGAAGGCCCAAUACAAAAUUCCAGAUAGGCACUCAAUCUACCAAGAGACGUGAAGGUGAAAAAAGAUCGGGUCUGACGCAAACGGAACAGAAAGCAGGUGCUCCCUGCGAAGUGGAAUCCAGGAAGCAAGCAAAAGUGAUCCAAACAAAGGCCAAGAAAACGAAAAGUAGCCUUGCUUCGAAAGGCACUCACUUUAGCCCUUUGCGCUACCAUGAUCCUGGGUCAGACGCCUUCAUUUCCUUGACAGCUAGCAGACCAUCGGCAACGGGAUUGAAACAAGCCUCUCAACGGCGAUCUGUGGGAGUAGCAAGCAAACUCAUCGUGCGCUCAUCAAUGUCGGCGAAGACGUCGUUACUCAAACCAGUGGUCUCGCUCCAAUCUACAGCAACAAGGGCCAAACCUCCAAGACUGACUGCAACCGCUAAAGUACCUCCUCCCCCGCCUCCACUGGAUCCCCCAGCGAUCCGAGGUACUUCGCAUAUACGCUCACAUACAUUGGCGGGGUCGAAACUUGAGCCUAGGACAAGCGUGAGGAUAUCUGCACUCUCUGGAACGUCCCCUAGCAGAAUAGCAUGGAAACAAAAGGAUGUUUCCGAUGACAUCGAGGUGAAAGCCUCUACAAAGGAUGGAAAACCUUUAUGGACACAAAAAGUAAGAAAAUUGGUGACUUCCGUGGGAUCCGAUGUAGAAAGACUUCGAUGCAUUCUCGAACGGUCACGCUUGAACCAACAGUCUAAGUCAGUGCGAUACGUUGAGCCCCUCGAGUCGGCAUUUGCUGUGUACGAUGAAAAUAAGAUUAUAGAUCCGAUGCAGCGUGCUGGGCUGCGUCUCUUGUCCGCUGCUGUGGUCCCGAUUCAGUCGAUGAUUCGCCGACACUUAGCGAUUCGUCGAGCUCUGAUCCUAAUGUGGUCUGGAAUUGUUGUUCAAAGUUUGGCCCGAAGAUGGUUGGUACUCGCGUAUUUGAAGGAGCAACGGCACGCAGCAACCUCAAUUCAAGGAGUGUUUCGGGUAUACAUAAUACGGAAGCAGAUCCUACUGCAACACUGUAGUGCGAUGGAAAUCCAGCGCAUCGUUCGAGGCUUCUUAGGAACGUUGUCAGUGUAUGAAAGUAUUUACCAAAUCACCGUGGUACAGAGUGUUGUGAGACGAAGGCAAGCAGUCAUCAGAGCUACGGAUCGCAUGGUUUUCGUUAUUCAAUUACAAUCGAUUGUACGGAGAUUCCUUAGGCAAAAGCAGCUGGACAAGAUUAAUGAGGCAGCGCUGGUUGUUCAGAAAACCUGGAGAGCCUUUUCUUGUCGCUUCAGCUACCAGCUGGAGUUGCUGGAUAUCAUUCAGGUUCAAAGUUUUUGGAGGAGGCGGCAAGCGAAACUAAAGGCAGGCUAUCUUCGGUGCAUCAAACAGCAUAGGGCUGCAACAAUGAUUCAAUCACACUGGAGAUCCUUUGACUGUACAAUGAACUUUUUGCAGUACCUAGCGGAUAUACUAAUUGUCCAGGAUGCUCUUCGAAGGUGGCUUGUCCGCAAAGAACAACGAAAAAAGACUGCUAUUCGCGUCAUGGAAGCCGCAAGGAAGAUUCAAAAAUGCUGGAGGGGUUUUGUUUGCUAUGCAGAUUUCAUGUUCACAAUCUCGGAUAUUGUUAUUGUGCAGACAGUGGUUCGGAAACGGAUAGCGCAGAGGGUCUUCCAACAGCGCCGCCAAGGUCAAAUCAACAUAUCUACGCUGACAAUUCAACGGUAUUGGCGAAGAUUUGCAGUAAAGACGAAAUUCAAGAUCCGACUAUUAGAAGACCAAGCAGCAACAUCUAUUCAGUCCAGCUGGCGACGAUUCUGGUUCCAGUCCAUCUUCAUCAUUUCGCUAGAUAGUGUUAUUCGUAUCCAAUCGACUUUUCGUACAUUGGCGGCAACGAAAGCCUUCAAGCACGAAAUCGGUAGCGUUUUGCUCAUUCAGGUCAAAUACCGAGCGUUCGUGGCGAAAAGAAUUGUUCGAAAUGCCAAAGCAGUGAUAUUUCUGCUUCAACACGCUCAGGGAUUCAGACAUGAAGAAGAGUCGUCAGCGAAUGCAAUUCAGAGAGUACUUAGGGGCUCACAGACCAGGAAUGCAGUCAAGCUGUACCAGUCUAUUCGAAAGGUACAGGCAGCGUGGAGAUGUGCUUCCAUACGGUCGAAGUAUACAGCGUACAUCAGCGCACGCAAAAUCCAAGCAAUUUGGCGUUGCAAACAAGCAUUUGGAGCCUACAAAGUGUAUUACUCAGCUCUCAACCUCCAGAAAUUUUGGAGACGUUGCCUUACGAGAGCAAGGCUAAGACGAUGCCGUGCCGCUGACACGAUUCAGAGAUGCUGGAGAGACGGUCAACAUCGUAAGGUGACAAGAGAAAUUUGCCGUGCUAUUCGUUUGUAUGGCGCAGCCGUGAACCUUCAGCGCAUUUGGAGAGGAUUGUCAUCUCUCAAGGCUCACCAAACUUAUCGCGCCGCGACAAAGGUGCAGAAGACCUGGAGAGGCUACUCAAUGUAUCGGGUCUACAAUGAGUUCAGAGCUGCCCAAACUAUACAAGGGGCGUUCCAUUCUUUUACCGUGCGACAGAAAUACGUUACCUAUCAAUCAUCAAUUAAGAUCCAAACAGUAUACCGACAGCGACGCGAUCGUCGUAGGUUGCUAGACUUGAGGGCUCUACGCUUAGCUGCGCCCUUCAUUGGCGCGACAGAGCUUCAGAAGAUCUGGCGCGGAUACGUGACUCGUGAGGUCAACGGCCACAAAUAUACGCGAUGGGUGGAGACGCUCCAGAUCCAUAACAUUGCGGCGGAGGAAAUUCAAAGAGUCUGGCGAGGUUAUUCAGCCAAGUCUCGUUUCCGGCAUGCAGUGGGAUCAGUAAUUCAAGUCCAGGCUUUUGCUCGGUGCUACCUGUCGUCACAACAUUUCGUUAACACGGUUGAUUCAUUGAUUGUUAUCCAGUCCUUAUACCGGGGGUGUCGAGCGCGAUCUGAGUGUAAACAACGUCGGGUAAUUCAAUUACUUGUCAGAUCUGCCCAGGCCUGCAGCGCCGAGAAAAAUAAUGCGAUUGCAUUUGACAGAAACUGCAGACUUCAAACUAAGGACGAUGACGAGUUCGUUGCCGAAGAGCAUCAACGGGUCAAAGCCGCUCAGACAAUUCAAAGAUUUUUCUUGAUGGUCAAGGCCGAAGUAGACAGGAUGGUGUGUAGAAAGCGACGGCGACGGAAGGCACGACGAAAGUAUUACUUGAGUAAGAAGAUAGGCGAGGAUCUUGACAAUGACAUUCUUGAAAAAGUUUGGUCCACAACAAUCAACGAAAGUGCCCUCGCCAAUGAAGUAGCUCACAGGGUAAGGGGUUAUGCUGGCGAGGAAUGCCGUAAAGCCAAAGACCGCGCCAUUGCUGGCUUGAGUUCCGUUCGUCCCAAGAACCAAUUUGAUCUGAAUCGCCGAGGUAGAGAUUGUCAAGAUGCUCUUCAAAGGAUUUAUUUUUCAGAUGCUAUUUCAAAACGCGAUCACAGGACGAAUCGGGCAUUAGCGGCACAAUGCCAUACGAGUGCGGUAAGGUCCUUGACAUGCACUGUCGGUUGCAGCUCUCAGCCAAAAUUUCAAGAUAAAAUCUCACUUUUUGCCGCGUGGCCUGUUAAUCACCGCCUACCCAAGUCCCGAAUGACAUUGUCAUCUCGAGACAUCGACGACGACCUUAAUCUGGAAACAGCUUUUAUUGAUGCAGAAAUCCAAAGCGCCAAGGCCCGCAAUGAAGAACGUUGUUUUCGACGAAGUAAACGUUCGAAUUCGUAUCGAAGUCCCGUCAACGAAUUGCGAUGA